AUGGUGGAUAUUAUUUUUCAUUAUCCUUUUCUGGGUGCUAUGGGGGAUCAUUCCAAGAAGAAGCCCGGGACGGCCAUGUGCGUGGGCUGCGGGAGUCAGAUCCACGACCAGUUUAUCCUUCGGGUAUCGCCCGACCUCGAGUGGCACGCCGCCUGCCUCAAGUGCGCCGAGUGCAACCAGUACCUGGAUGAGACGUGCACGUGCUUCGUGAGAGACGGGAAAACCUACUGCAAGCGGGACUACGUCAGGCUGUUCGGCAUCAAGUGCGCCCAGUGCCAGGUGGGCUUCAGCAGCAGCGACCUGGUGAUGCGGGCGCGGGACAGCGUGGGUGUGAGUGGCACCAGCCACUGGGCAGAGGGAACCCAAGCGAAGGGGAGAAUCUCCGGGCCGAAGCUCCAGGGCAGACAGCCAGGAAGGAACCAUUCGGUACCCAGAAGGCCUUCGCUGUCUCAAGUCGGAUUCUUCGGUGUUCCAGAGUGUUCCGAACGGCGAGACGGGCCGAAGCAGGCCUUUAGGAGCAGAAGAGUUUCUCAGUCAGGGAGUUGUGCUGGGUCCCAAGCCCGGGAACUCUUCCCUUUCCCCUCCGGAGUCGCACUGCGAUUUCCACCUCUUCCUCUAAAACCCCACCUUCUUACACAGGGCUUCGCUCAUCCAGCUGGGCGCAGUUGGGUUUUCCUAGGGGCUGCUAACACCGGGUCCGGACGGCAGCCCUCGCUGCGCACGCACGUGCACAAGCAGGCAGAGAAGACAACCAGGGUGCGGACUGUGCUCAACGAGAAGCAACUGCACACCCUGAGGACGUGCUACGCCGCUAACCCGCGGCCCGACGCGCUCAUGAAGGAGCAGCUAGUGGAGAUGACGGGCCUGAGCCCACGGGUCAUCCGCGUGUGGUUCCAGAACAAGCGUUGCAAGGACAAGAAAAAGUCCAUUCUCAUGAAGCAGCUACAGCAGCAGCAGCACAGCGACAAGGCGAGCCUCCAGGGACUGACUGGGACGCCCCUGGUUGCGGGCAGCCCCAUCCGCCAUGAGAACGCGGUGCAGGGCAGCGCAGUGGAGGUGCAGACAUACCAGCCACCUUGGAAAGCGCUCAGCGAGUUCGCGCUCCAGAGUGACCUGGACCAACCCGCUUUUCAACAGCUGGUCUCCUUCUCAGAGUCUGGCUCCCUAGGCAACUCCUCCGGCAGCGACGUGACCUCUCUGUCCUCACAGCUCCCGGACACCCCCAACAGUAUGGUGCCGAGUCCCGUGGAGACGUGAGCAGGGACCCCUAGCUGCCAGCCCGCGGACCU